UCUCAUACAAUAAAAAUAGUUUUUAUAGUUUUUUUAAAAAAUAAUGGUUCAGUCCGUCAGAUUCUACGAGCAGAAGUAUCCCAACGUUGGGGAUGUAGUAAUUGUACGGGUAGAAUCUAUUCAAGAUAUGGGAGCGUAUGUUAGAUUGCUAGAAUACAAUAAUAUCGAAGGUAUGAUUCCGCACUCGGAGCUCUCUAGGAGGCGUAUUCGUUCCAUUCAGAAACUAAUACGUGUAGGUCGUAACGAGGCAGUUGUCGUUCUUCGCGUAGAUGAAAACAAAGGCUAUAUUGACUUAUCUAAACGUCGGGCUAAUCCCUCUGACUUAAUUCAGGCUGAAGAAAGAUAUCUCAAAGCUAAACUGGUUAAUCAAAUAGUCCGCAACGUUGCAGAUGUAGCUUCGUGUGAUGCCGAGAAACUUUAUGAAGAAACCGCUUGGAAACUUCAGAAAACUUACGGCGAUAUGUACAACGCUUUUAAGUUGGCAACAGUUAAACCGCAACUUUUCGAUGAGUGUAACAUAAACGAAAGUGUGAAAAAUAUACUUAUUACUAAAAUUAUUCACCAUCUUAAAUCUCAUCCUCAGAAAAUCCGCGCUGACAUUGAAGUCACCUGCUAUAAUUACGAAGGAGUUGAUUCUAUCAAGGCUGCACUAAAAGCAGGGAUGGCUGUGUCUUCCGAGGACAUUAGUAUAAGUAUCACUUUGACUUGUCCACCCACAUAUUAUGUUACCACUUUGUCUUCUAAUGUCGAAGGCGCGAUCGAGUCGAUGAAUAAAAGUAUUGAAUCUAUCAAGUCAAAGAUCGAGGAACUGGGCGGAAACUGCAUUUUAAAAGUCCCGCCACGUGUGACCACCGAAAAGGAAAAAGAUAGUUUGGAAGAGACGGAUGAAGAGUCAGAGGAGGGCGUUUAAUAGCCACUUUCCUAUAUUUGAAAUUAUAAAAUAAAGUUCUUAGGUGGUAUUGAACAAAUGCUGCGAUACGCAACAGUGCAAGCUUAAAGUAACAUCUUAUUAAGAGCAUGCCUUCCCAUGAAAGCGCCUGUGAGUACUACCGCCGACAGCGUUAAAAACCCUGCUACACUUGCGGUUGUUAUUAGAGUCUCCUUACGUUCAGUACUAACUUUGUUGCAGUUGGCUCCAAGUUUAUUGUCGAAGGCUCUCUAAAUAGUUUUUUAUCGGUCACAUUAGUAAGCUUAACUGAAGAAGUCGACGUUAUACAGGUUACCGGCCAGCAAGACCUUUUGGCUUUGGUUUGUUGAUGAAGAAUUCGCCUUGUUCAUCUAUAUUUCCUGAUUGAGUGCUCGAUUGAAGCUUUGCAGUCAAGUCAUGAUAUUUUUGUGCACUACGAUU